AUGUCAACAACAGCAGGCGCCUUCAUAGCCGGCGGCAUCGCAGCCUGCGGCGCCGUAACCGCCACGCACCCCUUCGAGACCGUCAAGAUCCGCAUGCAGCUCCAGGGCGAGCUCCAAUCGUCCUCCUCAUCGCCUCACUUCUACCGGGGUCCGAUCCAUGGCGUGUCAGUGAUCGUGCGCAACGAAGGCCUCGGCGGCAUCUACCGGGGCAUCGGGUGCGCGUACAUCUACCAGAUCCUGCUCAACGGGUGUCGUCUGGGUUUCUACGAGCCAAUGCGCCACACGCUGGCAACGACGCUCUUCAACGACGCCAAGACCCAGAACCUGGGCAUCAACAUGUUCUGCGGCGCCGCGUCGGGCAUCAUGGGCGCCAUGGCGGGUUCGCCGUUCUUUUUGGCCAAGACGAGGUUACAGAGUUUUAGCCCGUUUCUGCCGGUGGGCACGCAGCAUCAGUAUAAGAACGCCUGGGACGGGUUGACCAAGAUUUACAAGGGGGAGGGCGUGAGGGGAUUGCGGUUGGUAAAACAUCUGGGCAUGGAGGAGGGGCCGGCGCUGCAUUUGGCGAGUAGUACGGCCAGUGGGUUUGUGGUUUGCGUGGUGAUGCAUCCUCCUGACACAAUCAUGUCCCGCCUCUACAACCAAAACGGUAACCUGUACAAGGGCGUCUUCGACUGCCUGGCCAAGACCAUCCGCACCGAAGGCUUCUUCGCCAUCUACAAGGGCGUCAUCCCGCAUCUUACCCGCAUUCUCCCGCACACCAUCCUGACGCUCAGCUUGGCCGAGCAGACCACCAAGCUGGUCAAGAAGCUGGAGGACAGGAUCUUGGGUCCCGAGACCCGGGUUCUAUAG